AAGAGCAAGACCCAACAAACCUAUACAUCUCAAAUCUCCCCAUUUCUAUGGAUGAGCAGGAACUUGAGAAUAUGCUGAAACCCUUUGGACAUGUCAUUUCCACGAGAAUACUAAGAGAUGCUAAUGGAGUCAGCAGAGGCGUUGGCUUUGCCAGAAUGGAGUCUACUGAAAAAUGUGAAGUGGUAAUUCAACAUUUUAAUGGAAAAUAUCUGAAAACACCACCAGGAAUCCCAGGUUUAUCUUACAAAAUGCCAUCGAAGGAAUUCCUCACUGGUCCAGUGGUUAAGACUACACAUACUCACUGUUGAAGACUCAGGUUCAAUCUCUGUCAGGGAAUGAAGAUCCCACAAGCCACACAGUGCAGCAAAAAGUAAACAAAUAAAAAUGUUAAAAUAACAAUAAAUGCCAUUGAUUUACCCAUAAGAGAAGCCAGUUCUCAUUAAGGAAAUAAUGGUUGAGUUCUCUUCAUAAAUGGAUCUUGACUUAAUGACUUGAAACUAUAUUUCAAGAUUAGAAGACCACCAAAGAAGCUUUGAAUACAGAUGAUUAAAUGAUUCAAAUUUUAUAUGAUCUUCUAUCUUCCUCCACCAAAUAACCAGUUUCAAAUUGUCCAUCCUUUUACUUAUUUUCUGAGGUAUCUGAGUGAUACAAUAUGCUUGAGUUUCUCACAUUUCAAAAUUUCUCUCUCAAUGCAUAAUUGGUGAUCACAGAGCUAAACUUAAUGAAUAUUCUCUGCAACUUCCAUAGCACAUCAAGACAAACUAUUUAAUACUAUCCUACUUAAUGCCAAUGGCACAUCAAAAAAAAAAAAUUCCUGGAAGGAAAUAUUCUUUUUCUCCAAGUAAAUUUGAAACCUCUUUAUUCAUUUUAAAUAUUUUAUUGCAUUAAUUUUUCAGAGCAGCAAAACAAACAUUCAUCAAGUGAAACUGAGCAUGACCCCCUCGGAUGGGUACAUCUGUUGCUUUCCUGCUGUGUCCUUGAAUAAUUCAUGUUAAUACAUUUAAAAUAUACACUUCAUUCAAAUGAGCUUCCCUCAUUUACAUGUAAAAUUUACAUUGAUGGAAACUAAAGUCAGAGCUGGAAGAAAGCUGACCCAGGAGUUCUGUGAUUUAUGACUAGCUGCCUCUGUCCAUUUGUCUCUGCCGGGAAAGUACAGAAGCACCUCCCCACCCCUGGCCCCCUGAGAGCUUUAGUUACAUCAGUAAAUACGUGGAAGAUGCCGCCCAGAUAUUUUGAUCGCUUUUCCUGUAGCCUGCUUUCCAUGUGAAUACCUUCUACAAGAUUUGUGGUCUCUGCUGUUCCCUUUUGGCUCUGUCUGCUCACAUCACAUGACCGAUGCUCCAGGUACACUGAAUGACAUCUAGGAAUUGAAGCCAACCCAGAGAAUACUAAUCAGCUUUAGCUUCUCGAAAAUUAAUCGAUGUGAGCUCAUCUCAGGCAGAGCGGGGGAAGAAUCUUCAGUGGUAUUCCUGCCCUAUCCCUUUCAACUCUGUUAACUGAUGGUCUGAAUGGUUUUGGAGAAGGGAUCAAAUUUCUAACCAUGACAGCAUUUUCUGCCUCCACCAUCCCUCUAGUUAUCUGUUAAGCCUUAAAAAAUUAAGAUUAAAAAAAUAGAAAGGGAAGGAGGAAAAGGAAACAGUUGAGCAGUUAAAGACCCAAUGCUGAGUCUUCUCUUUCAAGGAACUUGCUUUCUAUAAUUUUUUCUUAAAAAAGAAAUCUCCUAUACGUGUAGCAAGUAAAAUUUCAAAUGAUAUAGGAUCCAGAGAAUAAAAUAACUUAUGAGGUGUUUUCUACAUAAGACUUGAGCCCAAUAUUUGGCAAUCAUCACUAUCCUUGCUUAUUUGAAAAAUCUCUGCAGCACCAAAUCAUCCAUCAGACCCCAGGGUUACAUAUCCAAACUACACCACUAUGUGUAAUUAAUCAUAAUGAUGUAAUUUAAAGGUUCUCUAAUGUAAUUUUCUGAGGAGCCAGAACAAUUUGUAUAUAUUCCAUACUGCCCAUAUUUUAAUAAAAGUAAAUCAUAUUUAACAAAUUGUUUUAGUCUUUAAUAGUGACUAGUUGACACUUACUUUUUGGAAAUGACAAUAGAGAACAUAUAGAUUCUUCCGCAUCACAAUAUUUUGAUAUUUUACAGGGUUUGUCAAACAUCCCCAGUCCCUGGGACCCAUUUGUUAAGAAAAAAAAUUGUCCUAGAACUUCCUCCCUAACAUAACCCUGUUCACUUGCUUAUCUGUUUAAUCCCUUCCUCCCUUACCUAUGACCAAAAUAAAUUAACAGGCCUAUAUAGUCUUCUAUUGACAAAUUGUGUAUGCUAAUAGGUCAGUAAUAAAGGAUAAUAGAAACCAGUUUUACUUUGUUUCUUGAAGGCCAGAUUGAAAAUCAAAGCUUUCAUGUGUCAGCGGUAAC